UCGGACACAUAGGUAGGCUUUGAGUCACAGUGCCGUUAUUGCAAGGGCUCGUAAGGGUAGUUAAGCAUGGAUCGUCGCGGAAAAAUCGCUGUCAGAACCAACUAGCUUGCAGAAAUCCGAGGUGUUUGGGAGGCGGUUGUUUCGGCUGUGCUCCCUGUUUCUCACCCUCCGUCUGGGUGUACUGGUGGCUUUCUGGAGCUGCCCCCCAGGUGUCAGCCCUACCUUCCAGCCCGCAGCCUGCCGCUGGGUUACAGCCUGUCUUCUCUCUGAGUCUGAGUGUUUCCUGCAGUGAGUGCUCCAGAGCAUCCUCCUUGCUUUCCCUUGCACCCAUACAUCCUGCUCGUGCUCUUGGAGUGAUGCUUGGUCCCACCUGCAUCACUUCUUCCUCAACCUCUCGUUACUUUGCCGUGCCCCUACUUGCCACCCUCGGUGUUCCUCCUUCCAUGGCUGCUUUUCAAAGUUAAUGCAGGGAGGUAAGCAUAGAAUCAUAGAAUGGCCUGGGUUGAAAAGGACCACAGUGAUCAUCUAGUUUCAACCCCCCUGCUAUGUGCAGGGUCGCCAACCACCAGACCAGGCUGCCCAGAGCCACAUCCAGCCUGGCCUUGAAUGCCUCCAGAAAAGGGGCAUCCACAGCCUCCUUGGGCAACCUGUUCCAGUGCGUCCCCACCCUCUGUGUGGAAAAACUUCUUCCUAAUAUCCAACCUAAACCUCUGCCCUUGUCUGCAGACUGGAGAUCCGAAGCCCCAUGGCUGUGCUGGUGGCUCUGAGAUACGGCACAUGUGCAGGCUGGGACAGGCCUUGGCCUGUGUUUGACAGAUUUGGUUCUGUUUCGGAACAUGUAUGUAUUAAACAGCGGAGAAGGACAGCUGAAGGGGUAGGAUGGCAGUGUGCAUGCAGUGACUGUACCCAGCCUUUGCUCCUCGUCUCAGUGCUGCUGUCCAGACCCCGAUGUUACACAAAGGUAAAUCACAGGCAUGCACGUGGCUGGCACCAGCCCCAAAGCAGGUGCUCACGCAGCCUGUGCUGCCCUGCAGGAGGCAUGGGCGGGUGGCGGGGGGCUGGCACGGCAGCGACUGCCCGGAGACAGCCAUGAGAGCACGGAGCAGCUGACAGGAAAAUCAGAUUUCUGUAGUUGGUGUGUACGUCUGCUGCCUCUCCUCCCACCCGUUUGCUCUCCUUGCAGCAAGGCUUGGAAACGUCGGCUGAUCUCCCAACGAUCUUCUCUGGAGACUUUGGAGGACAUAGAGGAAAAUGCCCCACUACGCAGAUGUCGGACUCUCUCAGGAUCACCCAGACCAAAGAACUUUAAGAAGGUUCAUUUUAUCAAGAACAUGAGGCAGCACGACACCAGAAAUGGCAGAAUAGUCCUUAUCAGCAGCAGAAGAUCCUUCUGUAGCAUAUUUUCAGUGCUGCCAUAUCGAGACUGUACCCAAGUCGGGGACAUGAAGUUGGAUGGUGGACGCCAGUGCCAUUCUACUGGAGUGUGUCUGAAGGAGAUCAUUGGUCUUGAAGGUGUGGAGCUCGGAGCAGAUGGGAAGACUGUUUCAUAUACACAGUUCCUGUUUCCAACCAAUGCUCUCGGAACUCGGAGGAACACAAUAGACUCCACCUCAUCCUUCUCCCAGUUCCGCAAUGCAAGCCAUCGUAGCCUUUCUUUGGCAAGAGCUAACAGCACCCAGGGGAGCAUCGAUGCAGGCAGUGACCUGGGAGACUACGUUGAAUAUGACCCAAAUCUUUUAGAUGAUCCCCAGUGGCCAUGUGGCAAACAUAAGCGGGUUUUAAUAUUUCCUUCAUAUAUGACCACAGUCAUAGACUAUGUGAAGCCAUCAGAUCUCAAAAAGGACAUGAACGAGACGUUUAAGGAGAAGUUCCCUCACAUCAAGUUAACCCUCAGUAAAAUAAGAAGCUUGAAGAGAGAAAUGCGCAAGCUUGCUCAAGAAGAAUGUGGUUUUGAAGAGCCCACGGUAGCCAUGGCCUUUGUCUACUUUGAGAAGCUCGCUCUCAAGGGGAAGCUGAACAAGCAGAAUAGAAAGCUUUGUGCUGGAGCCUGUGUUCUUUUAGCAGCCAAAAUUGGCAGUGACCUCAGAAAACACGAAGUCAAGCAUCUUAUAGAUAAACUGGAAGAGAAGUUCCGGCUGAACAGGCGAGAGCUGAUUGCCUUUGAGUUCCCAGUGCUGGUGGCCUUGGAGUUUGCUCUCCACCUUCCCGAGCACGAAGUGAUGCCGCACUACAGACGCUUGAUCCAGAACUCCUAGCACUGGCUGCCCUGCCGGGAAGGGACUCCGGACUGUUCCCACCUGGCUCUCCUGAGCUGCAGUUACUACUGGAAAUGCAAAAUCAGACUCCCUAACACUUCACACUCUCCCUCUCCGAACCAGUUUUUUCACCAACUGAUGGGAAACACUGCGUUGACGUAAGACUCAGCUUUGACAAAUUUACACGUCGUUCCUUUCUCAAAGCAGGUGGAGACUGAGAUGUUGGUACGUGGUUAACGUGCUGAAACUGGAUGGCAACUGACCUACCAGUGGGGGCUGCGGACCUACAAGCUGCCCGUCAUCAGUCAUACAAAAGCCUGAGGGGGCAGCCUCCAUUACCACCCCUCUGUCAAUCACACAAACCCUGAAAGCCCACUUGAGUGCAUUCUCAUAGUGCUUUUUUCUACAGACCUGCUGCAACUCGCAAAAGGACUCCUUAACGUCGUGACAAAGCUUUUAAAGAGGAUAUCUUCACUGUGUCAAAAAGAAUGUGCCAAUCUAUUUUUGUAUCAGCAAUUGAAAGUGCACUUUUUCCUGUGGGGUGUUUGUGUGUAGAUGUGUGUGUGUGCGCGCGAUGCAGACCUGACCUGUGUCCAUGUGGGUGGCUUUGCUGUUUCAGCCCGUAUCAGUUACUGAGGGGGAAGAUCAAGGUGACCUUUACGUGUUUACUUCUUGAAAAGCAUAACUACUGGAAAAGUGGUAAAUGGGAUCAUUUUUGGACGCUCGUUUUAUUGUUCUCUAAUUCUCUGAUCUUUCCGACAUCUUACCUUUGAAAGGAUCACACUACUAUCAAUCAGGAGAGAAGGAUCAGCAGCUGACCAUAAGUUUUCAGUCACGUUUGUGAUAAAGGUGAAAGCAUUGGUAUGAGAUUUCCAUGUCAUGUUUUUUAAAAGUAUCUUGUGUUAAGCCACAUGCUUAUUUUUAACCUUCGCACUUUUCCCACUGUGGAGAUGGUUAAGACUUGCACUCUGUAGUGUUGUAUUUCUGUGCUCUAUGUUAGAGUGCAUAAUAAGCACAUUUAUUGUGCUGUAUCUUAAAACAGUGUUUUAUUAAAAAAUAAAAACUAAAAGUAGGGCUCAGCAGUAUGACAGGUGUGUUAAGGCUCCAACAGCAGGGGCAUCAGCUGUUGUUCAACUUCUGUUUUCUUAAUGAAAAUUGACUGUGCAAAACCUACAGUCAGCACCCAUUUAAGUUAAGGGUCCCGUUCCUUUCGGCAUUUCGAUACUGGAGUUUCACGUGAAGCCUUCCUGCAACUCCCACGGCUCUGACUGGAUGCCCAGAGGCUGCUGUGUGCACACUGUGCUGUGCUCACGGGCAUCACUCAGCCGGUGGCAUUCUGGGCUUCGCACCCGUGUCCAAUCUCCUCCUGCACGGGAUCACUUCCCAGGCCUUGCCCUCCACGUGCCCCACGCAGAUCCUCUACAGUCAAAUCUUCACAUUUUUGAUAUCUUUUAAAUAAAUCUCAACCGUGAGAUUGUAGCUGAAGCCUUACCUCUGUAAGUUGGGGAGUGCUUGCUCAGAGUAUGGGAAGGGCUUGUGAGCAGAACGUUGAGAGGUGGGACGUGUCAGAGGAUGUACACACACUAAUGCUUACUUUCUUUCACUCUUCCUUUAACCGGUUUUAUUACUUCCUUUGGUUAGGCCAGGAAACAUCCAGUUUCUUUACCAGCUUCGACUCCUUUAAAUUCUAGUACGAAAAAUGCCUGCAUACGAUCGCUCUCUAGGAUCUGGAAAGGGUAUGUGAAAUGUGUCAGGACAAAUGGGAAUUCGUCUGAUGCUGUUGCUCUCCCUCCAUUUUAAGGGGGAGGCUCACUGUGCUGGCUUACAAUUAUUACUAAUACUUAUCUAAUUACUGAUUAGAUACAUUCCAACGGGACUGGGGUUGGAUGAACAGAAAAGUGUGCGCUUCCCUCCCCAGCGCAGCCCCCCACUCCCACUGCCUCCCAGCCCCAGCAGCCCACGAGGAGAAGGGCCGAGUGCCCACGGCAGCACGGCAGCUGUCUGCAGACCACUGCGGUCAGCAGAUCUGCCCCAGGGCCUUCCGUCCUCGGCUGCGGCCCCCCCACCACAAUCAUGUAUAUACAUUCAAGAUUUGCUUCUGGUGGCAGAGAUCUGUUCCCAACGGCGACUGCUCAAAGCUAAGAGGAGGCUUGACCUUCUGCAAAGGUUCUGCCUUGUGCUUUUGAGUCUUGAUUUAUUAUUUUUUUUUUAAUGUUGCUUUAGAGUAUUGCAGGGAAAAAAAGCAAAUUGUGAUUGCAAGAUACGGACUAAAGAAUGGCAGUCUUACAGUAGUCUUUAGAGACGCUAUUGAAUCAUGCUGUCACAUCUUUUGUCUCCUGUGCUGCUACCCAAUCCCGAUCCACAGUUUACACAGAUUUCUGGGAGGAAAUCUGAUUGCUGGAGACCCUCUGCUUUUUGUUGUCAUUGUUGUCAUUGUUUUGGGGGCGGGAAAGGGUUUUGGAGUGAUGUUCAGUUACAGUUCCAAAGUGGAAUAAACACUUAAGAUGGUGGCAAUGUUGCACUGUUCACUUAGGAACGUAUAUAAAGCCAUAUGAUGCUAGAUCUCAAAGCACAAAGCGUGGUCAGUACAAUGAUGGUUAGGACAACGGGCAGCGUGUGCCCCCUUUUCUCCCGAGCCCUGGGAAAAUUCAGGCUGAAGUGAUAGAGGAAAUCUGUACCAAACAACAAACAAAAGUUGAUUGUUUGCCUUUGUCUUACAUGGUAACGAGUGCUGAUUUACAAAUGAUUUUAGAUUCAACUUCAAGUAGUUCGGGAAAUCAUCCAUUCCAUAUCACCUGUUCUGUUUUGAAACUGCAUACCAUACACUCUACCAUGCAGAGUUUUUUGCUUUUUCUAGAAAAAAUAAAUAAAAGUUAAAAAAAAAAAAAAAAUUGAACAACCCAGACUCUUUUCCACCAGUGACAGUCAGUAAAAUUACUCCGUUCUCUCA